GCUGAUAGGAGCGUCGUUCCUCGUCGCGGUUCGCGGCUUCUCUCGUUGAGUUGUGAGCAGCUUCCCGGCCGUCCCCACGGGCCACCAUGUCCGCCCAGGCGCAGAUGCGGGCCCUGUUGGACCAGCUCAUGGGCACGGCUCGGGACGGUUCAGUGUAUCUUUGCCUGCCUACAUCAAUCUGCAAGGGAGUUGCAGAAAAGCCUCAUGUUCAUCGAGCCGAGAUGAAACCAGACAGAGGGUCAAGUUUACAGAUGACCGUGUCUGCAAGAGUCACCUUCUGGACUGCUGCCCCCAUGACAUCCUUGCUGGGACGCGCAUGGAUUUAGGAGAAUGUACCAAAAUCCACGACUUGGCCCUUCGAGCAGAUUAUGAAAUUGCAAGUAAAGAAAGAGACCUGUUUUUUGAGUUAGAUGCUAUGGAUCACUUAGAGUCCUUCAUUGCAGAGUGUGAUCGGAGAACCGAACUUGCCAAAAAGCGGCUGGCUGAAACACAGGAGGAAAUCAGUGCAGAAGUUUCAGCUAAGGCAGAAAAGGUACAUGAAUUAAAUGAAGAAAUAGGAAAACUUCUUGCUAAAGCUGAGCAGCUAGGAGCUGAAGGAAAUGUGGACGAAUCCCAGAAGAUUCUUAUGGAAGUGGAGAAAGUUCGUGCAAAGAAAAAAGAAGCAGAGGAAGAAUAUAGAAAUUCCAUGCCUGCAUCCAGUUUUCAACAGCAAAAACUCCGUGUUUGUGAGGUUUGCUCAGCUUACCUUGGUCUCCAUGACAAUGACCGUCGGCUUGCAGACCACUUCGGGGGCAAGUUACACUUGGGGUUCAUUCAGAUCCGGGAGAAGCUUGAUCAGUUGAGGAAAACUGUGGCUGAAAAACAGGAAAAAAGAAAUCAGGAUAGAUUGAGGAGAAGAGAGGAGAGAGAGCGAGAAGAGCGCCUGGGCAGGAGGUCUGGAUCAAGAACCCGAGAUCGCAGAAGGUCACGCUCCCGGGAUCGUCGACGGCGGCGGUCUAGGUCUACCUCCAGAGAGCGGCGGAAGUUUUCCCGAUCCAGGUCCCGAGAUAGAUACAGGCGCCAUCGCAGCCGUUCCCGGAGCCACAGCCGGGGUCACCGCCGGGCUUCCAGGGACCGGAGUACAAAAUACAAGUUCUCCAGGGAGCGCUCAUUGAGAGAGGAAUCCUGGGAGUACGGGCGGAAUGAACGAGGGCCCACUGACUGGAGGCUGGAGAAUUCCAAUGGCAAGACUGCAUCGCGGAGGUCGGAGGAGAAGGAGGCUGGCGAGAUCUGAAUCUGGCUCAGGCGCUGUAAAUAGUCUGACAAAUGUCCGGCACCGCCUAAAUUACCCUUUAUAUUUGCUGAUACAACCCAUCUUUUGUAGUUAAAAUCUCCAUCGUCUGAUCCUAGGUGUGAGUUUCUAGAGUUGGUCAGAGCUGCUUCUGUGUUUGGGGUUAUGUUGUAUAGGAACAAAUAAAUCUGACGGCUGCCUCCUGA